AUGUGUCGCCUGCAGUUGAUGAGGAAGCUCGGCCUUGCCUCCUUCAUCCUGGUGCAUCGCGUGGCCAUAAAGGCACCAGCACCUCCGCAGGAACAGUGGGGCGAAGGUGCAAGCUGCUUUGACACUCAUUGGCCACAGCUGCAUCUCGACAUAGCGCCAGAUUCGGAGCUUUCGCUUUGGCGACGGAGCGACUUCGAGCAGGCAACCGUUCCAGCCGGGCAGCCUGAGACGUACUCAGCCUGCUUCUCACGUCAGCACCAGGUUGCCAUCGUGCAGCUCAACAUCCCGGAGUACACGGCCAACCGCGAGAGGUACCUAAUGGAGAGGGAGAUCCACGUUUUAACCAAGUUCCUGGAUCACUUGGAACGAAACAUCGACGAGGAGCAGUGGGAAGAGCUUGCCUCGGACUUCUUUGCAGAGGGUAUGGAUGCCCCUCGGCUGACGCCUCCGCUUCACGACGGGAUCCUCGAGCAGAUGGAACCCAGCCCGAAGAAGCCAGACCUGCCUUCUUCAUCUACGGUGGCGGCGGUAAUCCCAGAGUUGAUCCUCGUGAACCUGGCCAUGGCGGCUGGAUGCCUUCCCGUCCUUUUCCUGCAGCCUUCCAGUUUCCUAGUUUUCCCGGAUUUCCCAGAGCAGCUCAACAUGAGGACCGCGGAGUCGGAGCACAAGACCUGGGACAAUGGUUCGACCAAGGACCCAUCUGGAUGUGCAGGGCGUGCCAUAGAGUUCUUCGGCAUCCACUUCACCCCGCUCGUCGCCUUCGGCUUCUUCUUCGGACCACCAGGAGACGACUUUUGGCACGAGAUGCGCGAGACAGCCGAGAGCGAGACUCCUACUCUGGACCCGUGCAUCACACCCAGCGAGGCAGGUGACAGGCCUGGUAAACUUAGCAGAAGGCAACGCCGAGCCAAGAAGCAAGCAGCCGAGCAGAGCGACAAAGCGAUGACCGAGGGCGAAGGCAUCAGCUUGGAUUCGGUCAAGCAGCUGCGCAAAAUCCUCAGGGGCACCAAGUCGGACGGCGAGGAGGCAUCGUGGUCUUCUCUCAAAGGACCCGAGCGUGGGGUCCGAUGGCGAGGGGGAACACCACCUGCUCCCCCAAAGUGGCAAUACAGCAAAGAUGAUUUGAGAGCAUUCUCGAAGUUUGAGCGCAAGGUGGGCAUUUGGCAAUUGCAGGUCAAGCCGUAUAUGUCUGAGGCCGAGGCCGCUCUCACGCUGUAUUGCAGCUUGAGUGGCGAGGCAGAAGAGGAGCUCGAGCACAUUGCCAAGCAGGUGUACCUUAAGAGAAAGUUCCUGGCAGACUUUGAGACAGUUAGCAGGUUCAAUGGUGAGGGCAUGCGAUCGUAUGUCAACAGGUACCAUCGUGCCGAAAAGGCCCUGCUCAGCAUAGGCAUCAACGUGACCUUGACCUACGACUCGGAGAGCAGAGGCAGUCGGCUGUUGGAUCGCGCCAAGUUGACGCUGGAGCAGCAGAGGAUGGUUUUGGUGGGCACCAACCAAUCCCUCCACUUCGACGAGGUGAAGAACGCCCUGGUGCUCCAGUACCCGGACCACAAGCCACCACCAUUUGUGCAAGGACACCCUGGCGGCAAAGAUCUGAACCAAAGGCCGCCAAAAGGCAAAGGCAAGGGCAACAAAGGAGCCUCAUCCUCGACUUCGGCUCCCUCCGGCUCAUCUUUUUCUUCUCCUUCGACCGGAUCAAUGAGGCGAGAAGACGACCAGGCAAACCUAGAGGACGAUCACCUCGAAGUGAUCCCCGAGGACGACGACGGCGAGGAGGACGCGAACGACAACCAAGACGGUGCCGAGGACGAAGGCGAGGAGCUCAUACCGGACAUGGGCGACGAUACCGAGAGCACCAUCCAAGAGCUUAUGCAAGUUCUGACGGUUACCUCCAAGAAGCUACAAAGCAUGACUCAGGGGCGAAAGUACAGAGGUGCUCCACGCAAAAGCGUGGAAGAACGCAAGCGCACUUCAGCUUGCUCGGCUUGUGGCCAAAUCGGCCAUUGGACGGGCGACCCUGAGUGCCCGAUAAGUGCCAAGGGCAAGACCAAGGGAGAUGCUGGCAAAGGCGGCAAGGGCAACACCACAAGUGUGAAUGACAAGAGGGGCGGCACCAGUGCACAAAAGGUUUUCUCCGUUCGGCAUGCCGGGGGUCAUGAAGUUCUGUAUGCAUUCGACCAUCAGCAACACCUCCCGCAAGGCCAAGACGAUUGCGACCUCGAGGUGCACCGCUCCCUUGUCGUUUUCCAGAGUGCAGAGUUUGAUUGCAUGACCAUUGCUAGCGAGAUGCAGGGAUACUGUGUGGUCGACACGGCAUGCCAACGCACAUGCUGCAGCCGAGCGUGGUGCGAUAGCCAGCAAGCACUUCUACAAAGCUUCGGCUUGGAGGCCUUGUUCUCCAACCGCCGCGAGGCCUUCAAGUUCGGUGCGGGGGCCCCACAGAUAUCAACUACCUGCAUGUAUUUUCCAGUUGCUUUUGAAGCAAAUCAUCCUUUGAUUGCUCUGGGAACAUCGGUCUUGGACGGUCUCGACAUACCUUUCUUAGCCAGCCUGCGUCUGCUUAAGAAGCUCAAUGUCAUUCUCGACUUGGCCAAACAAAAGGCUUACAUCGGGCUGCUCGACUGCACCGUGGACCUCUUCCUGGUACAAGGCCAUUUGUGUUUGAAGAACUCUGAGUAUCCUGCCGAUGUUGCGUUCGAUUGGGAGCAGAUGGAUGUGCAUGAUUACGAGUUCUUGUGUGACUCUAGGAAGUGCACAGUGAACAGCCCAUGUGAAACCGCAGCACCACAAGCCCAAGAGAGCACUCUGAUUGCCGUUCAAGAUGCUCGCCGCUCCUCCGAGAUGGCUCGUGAACUGGCGGCGCGUCAUGAGAGGCAUCAGGCAGAUGACGGUGCUGGUGAUGUCAACCACCCUCCGAGCAACGAGGAUCGGCCUGGGGAAGCAAGUUCAGGGAAGCCUCGCCGCUGGAGUGGGAAAGGAGCCAUCAAGCAAGAACAAGCCCAAGCCGGUGCCAGUGAAUCCGCCGACCACCUGCCCACAUACUCGUAUGAAGCGCCACGGCAAUGCCCAGGGCCGCUUCACGACAUGCGAGGAUUGCCUAUGCAGGUGGAAAUGGGGCGUCGGCGCCGAUGGUGUCACCCCUGGAUGGCUUUAUCAUCCAUCAUCCAAGUCGCAUGUGCUGCCCUUGCCUUCGGCGGAGACGGUCCUGGAUCACUCGUGGACGCCAGGAACGGCUUCCUCUUCGACGGCGCUGGGGGCUUCCGCCAAGAUGCGACCUCAGCCAACUUCGGCGACUUCAGCCUUCGGGUACCAUGGGACGCCGGCCACGGAGACCGUGGUGAUCGAGGACAGCGACAGCGACCAGGCGGGCUACGAUUGGGACCUGGUGAUGGAUCCCUGAUCCGAGGGAGUGGCCCAGCACCGCUCAGGAAGGGCCAAUGGAAGAGGGCGGUGCACAAUUUUGACAAGACGCUUCAGCUUUUGGGCAAAGAGGUGGAAGUCUAUAACCAAUGGCCUGGCGACCUCCACCUGAAUCAUAGAGCCGAUCUUCUUGAAGUGUUUUGGGAGAACAAUGCUGCAGCAGGGCGUUUCAAACACAGUCUGGCUUCAAAGGCAGAAACCUAUGCGCUCUCCUUAGUGAACCUUCAGGGCCUUGAGCUGGAUAAGUCUCCCGAGCUUCUGUUGCAGAUCCUCUCCCAGGUCAGACCACGCGUGCUCUAUGUGCACAGUGCAGCAAGACAGCCUGCACAAGUCAAGAUUGCCAUACAAAAGUGUUGCGAGCUACAAGUGAUCCAGAGCGGUAGGUUCAUAGUCGACUUCAACCCCGACCUUCAUGAUGAUGUGACGGGUGUCCUGCUGCAAAUCCUUGAGCUCCCUGAAACCGGCAAGGCGAGCCCCUUCAAGCAGAAGCACGUGCGCAACGAGGCCGGCAACAGUUCCUUUGUGACAAACUGUCGGUGCCUUCUGCAAGUUCAGGGUGAGCGUGAGUGCAACAUGGCUGAUUUUCUGCUGCAGUGCAUUCACAAUGAAGUUCGCAUGAUGUGUCCGUGGAAGUUCGAUGAAUCCCCUCAUGAUGUGUGGUACGCUCCUCCAGUUGAUGCGCCUGAAGAAUGGAUGAGUUUCCUUGAGAGUCUUGAAAAGCGCUUGGGCAGGAGCAGAUACUUCUAUUUGAGUGAAGAUUCCAAGGAGAUGCGUCAACUGAAGCAGUUAGUUCCUUGGGAGCUGACUAGGGCACAAGUGUAUGCGCAACCAGUCACCAGAAGGAUGCCUGCCGAUGUACCGUUUUCUCACAGAGGUGCUGCCAUGAUCUUAAACAACGGCCAGCUGCUUGUAGAGUCUGAGGAUCUCAAUGAAGUUCGGCAGCCACGCUUACGCUUUGAAACCCCAGUUCGCAUUGCAGUGUUCUUUUAUGGCAUGGCAGAGGAUGAUAAGUCCCAGCAGCCGGUAACAAGUGACAAUCCCGAUGUCCACGUGCCAGGCCUGCGGACUGAUGUGAGUUUCCCUGGCCUGCCUGAGACCAUUCCCAAAGAGGUACGGUCAGCUGUGGCAAGGCUGCACUGCAAUGCUGGACAUCCUCCGAGACAAGAGCUGGUGAGACUGUUAGCGGCGCACGGCACCAUUAAUGCCGCGGUGUUGACAGCUCUAGAGCACUUGAAGUGCGGCACGUGUGAGCGAGCGCGUGGUCCCUUGAAACCACGACCUGCUUCAGUUCCUGAGUUUGUGGGCCAGUUUGCUGAACAACUUCAGGCCGAUCUCUUUUAUGUUCGGGACCUGUCUUCAACCAAUCAUGCUCUGCUUGGCGUGACAUGCUUAGCUACGAAACUGUACCAGGCUGCAAUCCUGACCUCCAGGGAACCACAAUUGGUCUUGAAUGAGUUUGACAGGCUCUGGUUACGACCAUAUGGCUACCCUCUCUUCAUGACUGUAGAUGCCGACGGUGCCUUUGAGGGAGCUUUUCAACAACACCUACAAGAAAGCGGUGUGCUGCUGAACACAGUACCAGCAGAUGGGCAUCAUCAAAUCGGCGCCAUCGAGAGACGAAAUGCCAUUUUCAGGUCAGUUUUAGAGCGGCUCAUAGAUCAGAACGGGGUCACCAACAGAGAUCAGCUCGACUUGUGCAUCAGUGCAGCCGUAUGGGCAGUGAACUCCAGCAUACACACGCGAGGCCGCAGCAGCAUGCAAGCAGUUUUCGGCAAACUGCCCAGACUCCCAGGUGAUCUUCUUUCCGACUCGGCCGCGCUCGCAACCUCCGACUACCACCUCCUCACAGAACAACUUCGUUCUCAAGCGUGUCAGGCAGUGUCGGAGAUGUCAGCUUCUGCGGUGAUUCGGAGGGCUUUGCUUCGGAAAACGGCUACUUCACGGGCUAGGGUCAACGAGCUCUUGCCUGGCUCCAUGGUGGCCUACUGGAGAUGGAAUCUGAAAGCCCGUGGAAGGAAGCGAGGCGGCUAUAUACUUGGCCGUCUGGUUGUGAAAGACGAUAAGAACGCCUGGGUACAGAGCGGCGGGUCACUUGUGCAGGUGACACAUGAGAUUCAGGCAAGCUAUUGCGAGAUGGUCUUUGGUAUGAUGCUCGCGAAGCCAGACCACCUCCUGAUGAACCCCUUGAGCCUGUUGUCCAAGCGCUUCCCGACCAACUUUCAGAACCACAAGCUGCUCAACAAAACGAGCCGGGACAAUACGAACUACCUCCUGGAGCUCCUCGACCACAACAGGCGAGACCAGGAGGCCAAGCACGCUCCAGGUCAAGAGGCAGAACUACUUCCUUGCCUCCAACUCCACGACAACAUCAACUUCAACCGCCGACGCCAAGCCAACCUUCUACACCACGACUCCCCCCAACUCCACGGCGACGUGAAGCAGUCAAACGACUACGAGCUACAGCUGCAGAAGACGAACCUGCAGCGAAAGUGCCAACACCUGCUACACCACCAACCUCCGAACCUCAACGACGACCACCUGCCACAGGCACUGAAGAAGGACCUCUUCCCGAACUUCCCGCCAAAAGACCUCACGAAGCACUCCCUGCUUUCGAUGCAGGAGCGCAAGGCGAUCGAUAGAGAGAUACCGUGGAGAAAGAUCAUCUCGGAUUUUCCCUCCAACGUCAUCGAUCUCUACGUGCAGGCGAACAAGAAGGAGUUUGCUUCAUGGACAUCCUGGGGAUCAAUACGCCCAGUGCCUGGAGAUGAAGCACAAAGGAUUCGAGCUGAUCCACGAAUGAGGCGUCGAAUCAUGCCAUCGAGGAACGCCUACCGCGAUAAGAACCGUGGAGCUGGACCGGAGAUCAAGGCCAAAUGCAGGACUGUGAUCCAGGGUUGCCACGACCCUGACUUAGGCCUUUUGGACCGUUCUAGCCCCACUCCCACACGCCUGGCAGAGCUACUGAUCUACGAGAUCGCCUGCUCAGGUUACAACAGAAGACUCCAGAGAAACAAGAAAUCCUGGAAACUCUGGUGUGGUGAUGUGUCCACGGCUUUCUUGCAGGGCCAACCACAGGCAAGGACUAUGCCGAUCUACAUGAGACCGCCCCGCGACGACAUUCAGAAGAUGGCCCAAACCUUUCUGCACGACUUGUACGAGAUCGUGGGGAACCUCUACGGUUUGUGUAACGCACCUCGGACAUGGAUCAACCACAUCGUGUCCAAGCUUUUGGAGGCGAACUUCAAACGACAUCGCCUAGACCACACCGUGUACUACAAGCUUGACGACGUGGGAGAUCUUUUGGUCAUCCUCCUGUUCCACGUAGACGACUUUUUGGUUGCCUACCGCGAGGACUACGCCUUCGACGAGCUCUCCGGCAUGUUCACUUGGGGACAAACCAACUUGCUCGACGAUGGUGAGUUUGUCUUCAAAGGCAAAGAGGUGAAGCUUAUCUGCGAGAAGGGAGAGUUCAAGAUCAAGGUCACGCAGAAGGCCUUCAUCAACGAGCUCACCCCUGGAAAGCUUCAGAGAGGACGCCUUGACCAAGCAGGUCACCUGACCAGUGAGGAGUUCAAGGAGUACAGAAGCUGCGCGGGAAGCUUGCAGUGGCUAGGCGGAAGCACCCGUCCAGACAUCUGCGCUUCAGUUUCUUUGAGCAACUUGGGUCAAGACAAUGGCCCACAGCAGCUCAAGGUGCUCUACGAGUGCAUCGACUACAUGAAGACCACUCCUGAGGACGGCCUGACCUUCCAGGGGGUGAGCCUCAACUACGCGACUCACGUCAUCGGCUAUGGUGACUCCAGCUGGGCAAACGCGCCAGGUGGGAAAAGCCAGAUGGGUGUCAUAGUGCUACUCGCUGGUCCCGAGUGCAAAGACAAGGUUGCUCGCGCAACCAUCGUGGACUGGAGAAGCUCGAGAAGUCCACGAGUGACGCGGUCCACUUUGGCUUCUGAAGCCAACGCGAUGGACGAGUGCGUGGACCGGUGCACGUUCUGCAACUGCUUCUUGUCCGAGCUCCUGGGCGGCCACAAAGUGACGCCUGAACAGCUUAAAACAAAGGGGAUGCUACAGCAGCUGCAGAUCACAGACUGCAAAAGCCUGUGCGACUCGGUGAUCGCAGACAAUCCUGCAACGUCCGAGAAACGGACUACCAUAUCGAUUCGUUCGAUACAGGAUUACAUCAGUCCUGAACAGGUUCACUGGGUUCCGACCACCUUGAUGCAUGCUGAUGUUCUAACCAAGCACUCUGUAGCCUUGCGUGACAGCUUCAUCAAAUGGUUGAGAAAUCCCACAGUGCAACUUGUCGAGUUGAGUGAGUCGUUGGUACACCGAAAAGAAAAUUUCCCCAGUGUGAAAGAUCAGCUUUAG